AUCUAUCUGUAUAUAUAUGUAUGUAUGUAUAUGUAUGUUGUUGAAUGGUUUGCUGCAGUGUGCAAAGCAGUCCAGUGAACAGUAGAAGCCUGGUAAUAUAACCUCAUGAGGCAGCAGUCCUGGUAUUAAACUACAGCCGCUCACAGCGCUUUGUUUGAAAGCCCCACAGUGUUUGUUUCGAUGGACGCGACUCAUCCACAGUGUUCCAGUUAGAAGCCCUUCUCUCUGUUUUCUUCAGAUGAGUGAAGAUGUCAUCUUUGAGAGUCAAGCCAGGGCAGAGGUUGACAAUGUUGGAUUGGCACACCAACAGCCACCUGAUCUCCAGCAACGCAGAGAGGCAGCGCUGGGGCUCACACUGUACCCGCCAGGAGGCACGCGGACUGCGCUAUGAGACCAGCAACAAGAGUAAAUGGGACGAGCAGGACACCUGCACACGUCUGUCUGACAGGAUUGACGAGGUGACCAAGUGGAAGGACAGUUUGCUAAAGUGUCUGGAUGACGUGGACACAGAAAUCAAGGCUCUGAGUAUAGUGAAAGAGAGCACAGAAAAGGCUCUGGCAGCGACAUCACUUCCUCUGGAUGUGGCGAUCGAGUGUCUGACGCUGCGCGAGGGUCGCUGUGGUAACGACCUGGUGAGAGACCCUGUGGAGGCGGAGCUACACAAAGAGGUGGAGGUGAUUGACAGGGCCCGGAAGGUGCUGCAGCAGAAAGUGAGCCAGGCCAUUGAACAGCUCUGUUUACUGCAGGAGGUCUGGCAGCAGCUGACCUUUGACCUGUGGCAGAAGAAUGAGGCUUUGGAUGUGGAUCAAAGCUGCCUGUCACUCAACGUGAACUCUGCAGGUUUGUCUCUGAAACUGAGCCCCUCCCGUGUGCCUCCAUGGUCUGUGAGGUUGAGAAGGUCUCCACAGUCUGGAGUCUGGUCUCUGAGAAGCUCAACAUACCUGUCAAUCAACAGGGACUCCUCUACAAAGGCAAGGCGCUGGCAGGUAGGCUGCACAGCACAGCACAGCACUCAGGAUUACGAGCAGAGCCUGUGCUUGUUGAGUCUGGAUGAUAUGGAGCAGCUGGCGACCCACAUGCUUCACCCUGAGGCUGUGGAGUGCAUGGAGCUGUCCCUCCUGGACUGAGGAAUACUGCUGCUGCCCGCUGCCUUCCCUCCUCGCCCCUCGCCCCUCGCCCCUCGCCCCUCUUGUUUCUUAGUGCAUCUGCCAGUGCUUCUCACCCACUGAGCAAGGCAUUGAGCAGUGCCAGAUCCUGUUUCACAAUGCUGCUAUAUAUUUACUGACUAUUCUUUAAUUAGAACAUUGUAUAUGUUUGGUAAGAUAGACCA